AUGUCAGAAAACUCUGCCUUCACUAAGUGGAACGAGAUGCAGCCUGCACACGGUUCAGCUGAGGCUACUACUCAGAAUCUGGAGCUACUAGGGCUCUCGAUAAGUGAGGACACAAGAAGAGGCUACGAGAGGGCAAGGAGAGAGUUCUAUGAGAUGGGGUUGUCCUUCCCUCUCAACGCCGGGAAAGUUAUCCGAUACAUCAGAUGCCUGUUGGAU